AAGUUGAACCAACUUUUUUAUAAUGUACAUUUUCCCAAAUGUUUUCAACAAUUUAUGAAUCCAGAGAACUCCCUGCUUUGAAAAGCAUUCCUCCUCGAUUUCAACUUUUACAAAAUCACCCGAGUAAUCUAAAGGGAGGAACCUGAUGUUUGGUGUGUACGCAGCGUUAGUCAUAUACGUUUGGAAGGCUGAGUACAAUUUUUUGUUGUUGUUGUUGGUUGCACUAACAGUUCAUUUAGUUUCAUCCCAUGGUGCCUCUGAUGUUUGUUUACCUGAUACAGAAAUGAAUAAUUGUUAAAGAACCAAUGCAAUCUCAACACAUUCCCAUUAAUCCGAAUCACACUGGUUUACAUAAUUUCUGACUGUUAUCAUUUUGUCCGGGUUUCUCGAAUUUUUUUCUAAAGCGAGUGUAUUAGCUUUUCUAAGCUUGGAGCUAUAGAAAACUCAUAAUUAUGCUUCUCCAGAUGGCUUGCAUACUGCGUUGCUGUUGGCGAGCCUUAAAAGAGCUUUCGUCUUUAUUGCACGAUAAAAUCGCAGCGAGUAGACGCGUCAAACUUGGGCAUUCUUAAAGAGUUAUAAUCACAUCUCGGGAGGUCUUCGCAUUUCCUACAGCCCUCUUUCAAAGUCCCGGAGCUGCGUAAGUAAGACUGACAUUUAUGAUGCUCUGCAGAAAACCGAGAAACUGCCGUCUUUUAAUCCUCGAAAGAAAAGCCCAAGGGAGAAAAGAUAUAUGAGGCCUACGUCCUUAUCAGCUCAGCAGUCUUUCAUGGGGCAGAAUGGUUGUGACAAAGCUGGACGGCACUGUGGAGGGCCUCCACACGUCGAUCUGCCAUAUUACCAUGUGUGCUUAGUGAUACAAUAGUAACGUCAAUCUGUCCACGAACCCGUGCCAAGUGAAACAAUCAAAGCCGCACAUAAGGUGCCCUGUGAUUUCGCACGCCCAUGCGAACACAUGCCCACAUACGUCUCUCCGGGGAUGCAGGAGUUCAGUUUGGCAGGGAAACCUGCCAUGAUCCGUGCAUGUCAUUUUUCGCACAAACGUGCUGUGCUGGGAGUUUUGGAGACCUGACGUUUUGCUAGAAGGGCAAACAUUUCAGCUCCUCUCCAUCCGAGCACAGAGCAGCUAUUGGCUUUGCUUUAAAAACCAGCAUUGAAUCUUAACACUGAAGUCCCAUUAAAAGCAUCUAUAAGGGUCAUGAAGCUGGUAGCAGGUUUAGCAGCAGUAUUGUGGCUGUGGGUUGCUGAGGCGGUAGAAAACUGCCCCAGCCUUUGUAAAUGCACUCAGAAAUCCAGUACAGAACGGACUGAAGUCAACUGUGAGAAGAGAGGACUCGAGACCAUCCCACCCGAAUUCCCACUGGACUCAUGGAUCCUAAAAAUGGGUGAAAAUGUACUAAAUGACCUCCCAGCCAACUUUCUAACCUCUGUUCCAAAAAUCGAGAGCGUAACCUUGGAACGAAAUUCAAUUAAGUCAAUACACCCUCAAGCAUUCGCCGGUGCGCAACGACUAAUGCUUCUGAAUCUGCAAGGAAACCAAAUGUCCAAACUCCCAAUAAAGGGCUUCAAAGACCUUCUGAACCUUCGCUUUCUCAUGCUGGGCCAGAACCAGAUAGCUAGCCUAAAACCCACUAUGUUUUUCGGCAUGAGGAAUCUCUCGGAUCUCGAUCUUCCCUUGAACUCCCUCACAGCUCUCCCACCAAAUGCAUUCAAGCCUCUGAUUGCCUUAAAGGUCCUGGACUUAGCCCUGAACCGCAUCCAGAGGAUCUCACCAAAAGCCUUCGUGGGACUUGAAGAGCUGCUGUUUCUCAACUUGGACAACAACAAACUGAAGAACAUUCAGGCUGGGACCUUUGCGCCGCUGAGUGGCCUUGAGAUGUUGGUGCUGGACAACAAUUUGCUCUCCACGCUUGCUCCAUCUAUGCUAGAUGGACUUUCCAACCUGCAGCGACUCUAUAUAAGAAAAAAUCUGAUUGCGAGCCUGCCAGCUGAUGUGUUUCGCCACACGCCUAAACUUACUCACCUGGGCUUGAGUGGAAAUCAACUUCAUACCAUUGAUGGCAACAUGCUUGCUAACAUGCAAGGAUUGAAGGAGGUGUCUCUCUUUGACAACCCAUGGAAUUGUGACUGCAGUAUCAACUCGCUGGUACAUUACAUAGAGCAGAAUGCUAAACAUUCUCCUCUGCAAAAACUUCGGUGUGUUAGUCCAGAGGAGGUUCGUGAUAGGCCAAUCCACCAGCUGAAAUCGGAUGACCUUCCCUGCAGGGCCUAAAAAAAUCCUCACAUUUAUAUACCGUCACGAACGACCUCCAAAAGUUGGGAGCACAUAUCAGCGUGAUCUUUUCUGGAAUGGAAAGGUGAUACUUCACAAAACUCCAGAAACAAUGAAUAUGACAGGUUAAUGAUAGUGGUGCUGUUCUGCAGAUAAGCAUUCUUUUCACCCACAGCACUCGACUAUUUUCAUGCCACCUGGAGAGGCUCUCGACAGAAUAUUUUAUAAAACUAACGCUGGGUGAACACUGCACAAAUCUGGCCACGAUUUUGCCAUCACUUGUGACAUGUUCACAAACUGCCAAUUUAUUUAUCUUUUGUGUUAAAAAUGUGAGACCCUCUCUGUAAAAUCCAGGCUAAAGUCUCAUAAUGUACCUAUGAGAUUAGAAACAUCAGAGAUUGAUUUCACUUAUCGAUUUUACAUAGAUUUUUAACAAUUUUUAACAUAAUCUUACUUAGUUAAUAUUAAAUAUAUCAAGGUUUAUUGCUUGUUUUUAAAUGUACUUGCACAUUAUGUAGAAUGAUUUUAUGUAGAAAACAGUAAAUCACAAAAAUGACUUUAGCUGGGUUUUCACCAUAGAUUGUACAUCUGUCGUCGUCUUGACAUAAAUACACUGUGGCAUGCUUACACAAACCAGCGCUGACGAGGUGCAAAACACACGAUAAAGAGCGGUUCUCAAUCCGAUCAUCAGCGAAAAUAUGUUUUCUCACCAAAAUUCUCAUGAAAAUUACAAUAAUCAGGCCAUUACUUCAUGAUUGGACGGUCAACUCGCCCUUCACUUGUCUGUUUAUACCAUCUGCAUUGUGAUUGGUUGGAUUAGUUACAACUUAUUAUUGUGUUGCUCAUAUUACGAGAUCAUGUGGGGAUAAUAUCAUAGUGUCUGUGAUAGCUCGAGACAAGGUUUCGGAUCACGUUGCUGACAUGCUUAUACUUAAAGGGACACUCCACUUUUUAAAAAAAAAUAUGCUAAUUUUCCAGCUCCUAUAGUUAAACAUUUGAUUUUUUACCGUUUUGGAAUCCAUUCAGUUGAUCUCCAGGUCUGGCGCUAGCACUUUUAGCAUAGCUUAGCAUAAUCCAUUGAAUCCGAUUAGCUUCGCGCUAAAAAAUAACUAAAGAGUUUCGAUAUUUUUCCUAUUUAAAACUUGACU